AAGUUCAUCCUGGAUGUCAGCAGGAAGCGAGAUUACACACGUCAUUUCUACAGUAAAGAGCAUUUUGUCAUCUGGGUUAAAAAAACACAGGAGAAAGAAGAGGACACCGUCACCGUUUGAUCAGGUUAAAGAUCUCCUUGAUAAAGUGGGGGAUUCAUCAGAUGAAAUAUACAGGAAAAUUGAGACACAGACCAACCAAGUGAUUUCACAACUGGAAUCCCUGAGGGACACAGAACCGCAAACGUUCCAGGAUGGACUUGAUCAUCAAAAAUUCACCACUGAAAGAAUACAAAAGGACUUCCAAUUGUUUCAAGGGGCUACAGAAGAGAUCAAGUCUACCAUACAGUCACUAUUUGGAUCGAAGUUUCAUCCUUCAUUUCCUAGCCAAAGACGUCCUUCAGAUUCCAGCUGCGGUAAAGGGACAUAUCCAUCUGACACUAGGAGCAAAUAUGGAACUGCAGGGAUCGACCUCGUGUUGAAUAAAGGAUGGAAGGUCAUUAAUCCGGUGGCUGGUAUAGUUCGCAAGACUGGCGCGUCAGAGGUCACCAUCAAACCAACUGAUUCAGACUUCAAACAGUAUGAGAUUAUCAUAGCCAACAUAAAUGCCUCAGUUGGGGAUGAGGAUAAGCAUUUUGAACAGGCACGGGUAAUAGGAACAUCCGGAGGCAACAACGGGUGUGACUGGCCUCACAUUCAUAUUGCUGUCAAGAAGAAAUCUCAAGGAGCGGGUGAUGACUUGUGCUUCUACAUGGACCCAUCACCCUUUGUCAAUAUUUUGAAACUGAAACCUGUCUGGCGCCAGGAAUGCAAAGACUUCAUCACUAAACACUUCGGACAAGUUGCAGAUCUGAUAUCGAUGCCUAAUUUUUUGAAACAGGUUUUGGGAAAGCUGAAACGAGAAGCGCUAGACUGGCUGAAAGGGUUUUCUGUUCAACUGCUAAAAAAAAUCAUCCCCCCAGAUUCGGAACUAGGGAAGGCCAUGAGCUUCACAAGCAGUAUUCUCGGAUCUCUGUCUGACGUAACACAACUGUUCACAGGAUUUGAGGGCCAUAUGAAUCAUUUCCUCUCUGCAAUUAAAACCAAUGUCAAGGGGAAAGAUUUUGGAUCAUUUUCGAGAAUGUUACUGGCAAAUGACCGCUUGAAGAACCGUGUCCCUAAACUGUCUGGUUUGCUUGGAAAUGCAACGUCAUUACUGACGAAAUUACCAAUCGGUAAUCUGAAAACAUUUGCAAAUGGUGGUCUUGGUAAACAUCUUAGACAACUUGGAAUUAUUCCCCAAGGAGGGAGACUAGCCAGCAUCUCUCUCCUGAAAACGUCCAUGUUUACAAUGUGUCCAAACUUUAAAACUGGCUUCCAGUAUGGCCAUGAUCAGAUGUGUACAGCUGAUGAAGAUUGUCUUGGAUUCUCUUGUCAUAUUGAUAUACCACUGAGCAAUAUUAAGGGUGGAAUCCCAUUGAAAGUCAAGGUUCAUCCUCUCGAGGCCAAGGUUGACGUUGAGCUGAAUGGUGAAAGAAUGAUUGCUCCCAAAGGCAACAGUGUCUUCUGGACGGAAUAUCGACCAGUUUCAUUCGGUCUCAAAAGUUCUGUGGAAAUACAGGGUGGAGAACUUGUAGUUUCGCUAUCUGUCAAGCCUUGCUACAGAUCAACGUGUGUUCAUGACAUCAAAAUCAUCAGGCAAUUAGCUUUUCAUCAGAGACACAAACAUGAUAUUUCUGCUACUGUACAAAACGGCAUUUCAAAGCUGGAAAGCAUGGACCUGUCCUCGAUCACGGAUCAACUGACGAACCUCAAUAUCCCUGGCAAAGAGUUCAUAGGACAGAUGAAUGAAAUGUUAGAUGGGAUGCUAACAAAGAUAACAGAGACAAAAGCUGACCCAGUUGGGGCUUUUACGGAGGAGAUGAAAGUUCAAGAUGAUUAUGAAGACAAUCAGGCUUAUCCACUUGGAAAACCCUUCUACUUUCCUUUCUUCCCACCUGGAUUGGCGACGUUCUCAUAUCUAUUAGGACCUUUCCUACUUUUCAUAUCUUUCGAUGCUGGAGCAGAACUUGGAGUAGAGUUUUCUGUGGAUGUACAGACUGUGAAAUCAUCAGUGUCAACAAGCAUAGGUCCAUUUGUUGCCGGAAAAGUCGAAGCUUCUUUGGGUGUAUCUAUCGGUGUUGCAUCUGCUGGAAUAACCCUCACUGGAUGGCUGAUGAAAACACGUUUUCCUUACGUACUGGAGAUGAACUACGCAAAAGUACCAAUAGUUGCCACGAAAAAACUUAGUGUCGAGCUCACACCACUUGAACUACGACUAAGAGCAUGGGUAAAAGUUAUUUACGUUAUCAACAUCAAUUUUGACAUUUGGCACUGGACAAGCCCCACACUCACUGGCACCAUUUGGAAACACGAGAUUGAAAAAAACGAUAACACUCCACCAAGAUUCCCCAACUGUGACCACAGGAAGAGGUCAUUGUCAGGAAGCUGUUCUGUCCGGCAACUUGAUGGAAGGCAUCCCAGUGACACAGCAUUCAUCCUGGAAUUUGACAUUUGGGAUAAAAACAGCCCUCUUACUGUACACUAUAGCAUUGGUACUUCUCGGGGUGGAAGAGAUGUGAGGUCACUGGUGGAGAUGAGAGGACCCUCCUUAACAUUGCCCACGGUUUCAUUGCCUAAUGGAGUACCUUUGUAUUGGACAAUAAGGGCUAGGAACACUCAAGGUAUUGAGGCAACGGCUAUGUGCAUGCUCCACACGUAUGACAAUACAGUUCCAGAUGGGAGGGUAGAUGCUGCCUAUCAGUUUACAAGUCACAGAACGGUGAUCCAAGCCAACGUUGUCGUAUUCGAAGACUCUCCACUAACACCUUAUCACUCAGUUGCUGUGGGAUACAGUCCUGGGGAGUUUGGAAAAGAAAUUUUGGAUUGGCAAAUUCUGCACCUGGAAAACACAUAUAUGAGAAAAGGUGUCAUGUCCGAACUGAAAGAAUUUGCCCCAUCUAAGCCUGGAAAGUUGUCGUCUGCUCCAUUUUCUACGGCUCAUGCAGAUAAUGACAUUGAAUGUGCAAGACUGUGUUUGCAGACAGGUUCAAAAUGCAUUUCCUUUGACUAUGCAAUGCAUACUCAGUCGUGUGAUCUUCAGGAAACAGUUGUUGGAGCUAAGGCGAAACUUCGUGCUGCUGCAUCUUACUUCCAUUAUGAAAGACUUGGAGUUGGCUACAGCGCAUUUCGGGAGUUCUCUCACUCAAACCUCGAACAUGGUGCCCAGUAUUUUAUAAAUGCAAAGAUCACCAACACUCUAGGAUAUGUUGCCUACCUGCCAUCAACUGGGACUCUAGCUGACUUUACUCCUCCUGAACCUGGUCCUGUAGGAGAAGCUGUUUCAGAUGUGUUGACAGCUGAUGGAUGUAAGGCAGCUGUGACUCAAAGAUGCAUCGAUGUCACCAAGGAGCUCAAUCACAGUCAGUCAGCUUUUACAGGAAACUGCGAUGGCUUCCACGACGACGAGAGUGGUAUUUGGGGCUACACGUGGGCAGCUGGGACGUCUGUGUGUGGAUCUGAUGUCGUGAAGUUCACUGAUCCUCACGCUCAGCUGCAAACCAGGCAAGACUGGACCUAUACCGGACUGGGCAAGAAUCUCCAUCUGGCUGAUGGUCAGUACUAUAUCACCUUCCAAGCUAUCAACAAUGUUGUACACGGAGGAGCUUUGGUUACAACAGUGUGUCACUCUACACCUGUGACAGUUGACACGACACAGCCCGUAGUACAUGAGGUAGGGGAUUUGUUGUUUGAUGAGGAUUUUGAUAUCUUGGGCGUCUACUUCAAUGUAUCAGACUCUGGAUCGGGUAUUGCAAGAGUGGACUUUGGUCUGGGAAAAACAAAGUAUGAUGUUUUUGUGAGAUCUUACAGCCGUCAUCCCUUUCUCAACCGAGCUGACCCAUACCUUGUGAUAGAAGAUCUUGGCUUGACUCCUGGUGUCCAGGCUUGGGUGCGAAUCAGAGCCGUAAAUUUAGUGCUGGUAGACAUAACACCUCCACUGCUGGGGUAUGUCCAGGAUGGUGCUGAUAUUGCGAAUGAUGUGGAGUUCAGCUCUCAGAUAGCUACUAUUGAAAGUACCUGGGCCAACUUCACUGACCCAGAAAGCCAUGUACAAGAGUACACAAUGGUGGUAUACGUAAACGAUGAACUGAAAAAGACGUUCCAUAUUGGAUCCAUGACCAGUUACACUGACCAUACAAUGGACACUAAACACAAGGACUAUGUCCGAGUUCAAGUCACAGCAACAAAUGGUGCACGACUUGAAACACAAGCGGAAAGUAAUGGGUAUCUGGUCGACGAAACACCACCAAACAUGAUGUAUAUACAAGAUUCUCAGACAGGCAAAUACCAAAGUGAUUCUUCACACCUUGGGUUCAAGUGGCAUUUUACGGAUGAAGAGUCAGGCAUCUUAAAAUGCAGAUACACUAUAUUUGAAAAGAUUGGCGGUCAGAAGAAAAGGUUUUGGCCAAAAGAUGAGACAUUUGCUGUCAUUGAAGUUGGAAAAGCAGACAUCCAGUUGGAUUCCCUUACUCUCAGAAAUGGGGCCCUAUAUACAACAUCGGUCACAGCUCUCAACAACGCCCUUCUUGCAACGUCAGUAGAAUCAAGUGGAGUUGUUAUUGACACUACGUCACCUACUGUAAAGAAAGUGAGUAUCCAUCAUAAUAUCACUUGA